GGUUAGGAUUCCUUUGUUUGAUGGAACUCAAGUGAGUUGUGCAAUAUCCUGCUACUGUGACAGAGAAAAGCGCUGAGUAAUGCCAGAGCCACAGCACUCUUCUAUGGCUGAUGCAAACCUGGAGAAUUUGCAUCAUCAUUCAGCAAGAGUAACUUGCUAUGACAAGAGCUUAUAUAGAAGACCAUGCGGAAGCUGAGCUGACUUCCAAUGAUAGAAUAGCUCCAAGGUAGCUGUGUGAAAGGGCAGGUGUUCCUCUAGCAUUUAGGUAGUGGCAAAAAGUAAGAGACACCUGAUGAGUUUUAUACCUGUUGGCACAAGCGGGUUUAAAGGCUACAGGCAGUGAAUGUGUGUGUGUGUGUGUGUGUGUGUGUAGAAGCAAUUAGCUAGACAAAGGCAGAAAGAGGAACGAAAGUGCCUGCUGGAGAGUUUUAAAAAUCAUUCUUUCUUGGAGUGUGUGAGUAGCACUGAAGCAUGUUUAAGAAGCCUCCUGUGUCGACAAUCUCUAAUGGCAGCUACCUUCAGGGGCAAUCUAACGGCAAAUUGUCCUCAAAAUACAACACCAGGGCAGUCCAGGGAGACAAAGUGGUUCUGAAGAAGAAAGUAACUUUACUGAGAGGGAUAUCAAUUAUAAUUGGCACUAUCAUUGGAGCAGGAAUCUUCAUCUCUCCCAAAGGGAUCCUUGAGCACACAGGCAGUGUGGGAAUGUCCUUGACUGUGUGGACUGUCUGUGGCAUCCUUUCGCUCUUUGGUGCUCUCUGUUAUGCUGAACUGGGUACAAGUAUAAAGAAAUCUGGUGGGCAUUAUACGUAUAUUCUGGAAGCCUUUGGCCCGCUACCUGCUUUUGUAAGAGUCUGGGUAGAACUGCUCAUUAUACGACCCGCUGCCACAGCAGUAAUAUCCCUGGCAUUUGGACGCUACAUGCUGGAACCAUUUUUUAUGCAAUGUGAAAUCCCAGACCUUGCUAUUAAACUGAUUACAGCUCUGGGAAUCACAGUUGUAAUGGUCCUGAAUAGCAUGAGUGUCAGCUGGAGUGCCCGCAUCCAGAUUUUCCUAACCUUUUGCAAGCUUGCAGCAAUUUUGAUAAUUAUAGUCCCUGGAAUUAUGCAGCUAAUUAAAGGAGAAACUCAGCACUUUAAAGAUGCAUUUGUUGGGAAUGCAGCCAGUGUCAAGGGAUUGCCUCUUGCAUUUUAUUCAGGAAUGUAUGCCUACUCAGGCUGGUUUUACCUCAAUUUUGUUACUGAAGAAGUGGAGAACCCUGAAAGAAAUAUACCGCUUGCCAUUUGCACUUCGAUGGUUAUUGUCACAGUUGGCUAUGUGUUAACCAAUGUAGCCUAUUUUACAACUCUUAGCCCUGAGGAUCUGGUCACCUCCAAGGCAGUGGCAGUGACUUUUGCUGAACGUUUGCUGGGACAUUUUUCCUUGGCUGUCCCAAUUUUUGUUGCACUCUCUUGCUUUGGAUCUAUGAAUGGUGGUAUCUUUGCUGUCUCCAGGAUGUUCUAUGUCGCAUCCCGCGAGGGUCACCUUCCGGAAAUUCUGUCUAUGAUUCAUGUUCGCAAGCACACUCCUCUACCAGCUGUCAUUGUUUUGCACCCUCUGACUAUGAUCAUGCUCUUCUCCAGUGAUCUCUACAGCCUCUUGAACUUCCUCAGUUUUGCCAGAUGGCUUUUUAUAGGACUGGCAGUUGCUGGCAUGAUUUAUCUCCGAUACAAACGCCCUGAGAUGCCUCGUCCAUUCAAGGUGCCGCUCUUUAUUCCUGCUCUGUUUUCUUUCACCUGCCUCUUCAUGGUUGCACUAUCACUUUAUGCUGACCCUGUCAAUACUGGCAUUGGUUUUGCAAUUACGCUGACUGGUGUCCCUGCCUAUUACCUCUUUAUCAUAUGGGACAAGAAGCCAAGGUGGUUUAGACAUCUCUUAGACAAGACAACGUCAACAUUGCAAAUUAUCUUGGAAGUUGUUCCAGCAGAAGGGAGUCCAAGAUCAUGAUCUUCUAUAGCUGGAAGAAGUGGUGUGACCAAGCAUCCAGCUUCUUCAUCAGUUGAGGAAAAGUGUUUUUUUACCUUCCUAGGCAACUUGGAGAAAUAAUGGACUGUAGUUGGAACUGUUUUAUCGCGUCAAUAAUUUUAUAUGUGGUAUCUGGUACUAUAGACAUAGGAAACAGUCUUGAAAGGAGCAGCUACAAAACCUUUGUAGGACAAAGUGCAUGUUCUUUUAUGAGAAUAGAGUCAAUGUGAUCUGAUAUUCCCUUUUAUCAUACAAGGGAAGGGAUCCAUUUUUUAACAUUGAUUAUUUGUACUGUAAUAUAAAUGAACAUUUGUUUUAAAAAUGUUCAAGAGAGGUAAAAAUAAUAGAAGAGAUGAAGUUUGUAUUCUGUGUAUUGGGUCUGAAGAAAGACAGGAGUAAAAAAUGUGGUUCGAUGCAACAUUCCUUUUUAAUAUCACACCUUCUUGUUUCAUUGAGAACACUACCACGUACAAAAAUAUGUACACUCCAUUUACCUUCUUAGUUCUUGGUGAUAUGGAUGGCAAUACUGAUCCUUUAUAUCAGGGGUAGCUACUGUGGUGCCCUCCAUACAUUGUGGGGCUACAACACUUAUCGUCCUUGACCAUCUACCAUGUUUGCUUUGGCAGAUGGGAACUGGAGUUCAGCAAUAUUGGGAGCGCCCCACUUUGCCUACCCCUACUUUAGAUGAACACAGCAAUGGAGUUACAGAGAGGCACUCUCUGUAUGAACUACGCUGACACAAUUACAGCAGCAUCCCGUGUGAAGUCACUUGGGCAAGUUGCUGCACUGUACUGUCUCUCGGUUGCAAAUCAACAUUAAUUCAUUAUUUCAGAUACACUGGAUUGUGCUGAUGCAACUGAAUUAUUGGUGACACUUUAUUUCUUUUUGGUGACUGAAUAGCCUUUAGGGAAUUGGAGUUUAUUGUCUCCAAACUUGUCCUCAGCCACCCUAGCAGAACAGCAACAUUUCUGCUGUUGUUUUGUUGCAGCAGUCCUUCUGCCUGAUAUUGCACACUUAAUUAAGCUCAUGGGCCAUAAAGGAGGUUAGCAUUUUCCCAAUGUUUGUGGUAAAGCAACUUAAUAACAAAAUAUUUAGUCUGCUUUCUUUUUGCAUAUGGAAUAUUUUCCAAUCCUACCAAUAUAUUUCAAAUAUGGCAGCUACCAGACUUUUGGUUAUUUUCGUUCUAGGAAUUUGGGGAUUAUGGCCAGAAGCUACAGAACCAUGUAACAAAUUAUGUGCACCUAAGAAGGCUUUGGACUACUGUUUACUCAGGGGAGUAAAAAGUAGUUUGUGAGAUGUUACAUGGCUUUACUUUGCAUUGAAAAAGAGGCAUAAGAACAAAAACCAAAUCCACAACCCACUAGGUGUAUGCAACCCUUUGUGUUUGUUUAUGUACCUUUGCCCUAUCCCAUAUCUUAUAAGCUUUAAUCAAAGUAUGUCUACUGGAAUCCAGAAUAAAUCUCUGCCACAAAAGUCCAA